UUAGGCGAAGGGCGAGAGCGAGGGUGAAUGCAUAACCGGGACACCCCGUACAUCAGGCUGAACUUUGAAGAGGGAAUAAAGAUGAUGGUAAUAAUAAUGAUGAUAAUAAUACUCCCAAUCCAUACCCAGGUGGUAGUGGUGAGGCAGAGUGAGGUGGUCAAAGGUGGAUGGACCGAGUUGGGAGUGGGGAGGAUACGAUGGGGCUACCAGGAUAGGCUGGUCGAUGGUGAGGGGGGAGGGGGGGAAUGGGGAAGAGGGAACUGGGCCAUUGGGGACGAGACUGGAUCGAGAUGAAGUCGAUGUUGGCAUCUUGAUAUCUUGAGAGGUGAAUUGGAUGAAAGGAGGAGGAGGAGAAAUAAAAGUUAUCGUCAGUGAGAGAGGUGAAUGGUGCGUGAUGGUUCAGUGAAUGAACGGUGAAUGGUGAAGAUGAUGGUGAAGGUGCAGGUGAAGAAAAGCAAGCUUUGCACGGAUAACCAGCAGAACAGCACCCUCACCAUCCCUCCUAUUCUUUUUUUUCUUUUCUCUCCUUCUCGAGAAACAGAAGAAGAAAAGAAGGAGGAUAGAACAUCGUCAAUCUCUUUUCCUCGUCCAUCAUCGUUCUUCUUCUUCCCUAUUUUCUCGUUCUUCUCUUUAUCAGGGUACCUACCUACCCCUACCACCCCUCCUUAUCUCAGCCUUGUGUCCCCUCCCAGAUCGGGCUGUAUAGAGGGGAACAGUCGAAGAGCUCAGCAGAAAAGAAAUAAGAGAAUCGGAAGGAAGAUAUUCAAUCCCUUUUCCUUCUUCUCUUUUUUCUUCCACCUCCGCUGUAACGCAACGACCCCGUACUUGAUUAGCCUGCGUGCGUGUGUGGUGGACACUGCGGAGCCCUUGCAAGCAUCUCGGGGGCGCCAACCAGACGCCUACAAAUCAGACGAAACGAGACGAGACGAGACAAGUCAAGGUCAAUCGUCAAGGGUAAACCGUCAAGGUCAAGGUCAAGUUCAAGUCAAAGUCAAGACGACAGGUCCACGUCCUCUCUUCGACUGCUGCAUCUGUCGCAUCUGUUUGCAUCUUCUGCAUCUGCUGCCCUGUUAAUUCCCUAAUUCUCCAAUUCCCUAUACCUCUCCUCGUCCUAUCAUCAUCCAUUCAUCCUAUUAUACUGCAUACUCACGACCUGACCUACCUACCCU